UGUUGGAGCCUGGCCACAUCGCUACUGCCGCCACCACUUUGUUCGAAGAUGGCGUCCUGCACUAAGCAGAAGCGUAUGGGAAUGUGCGCCGUGGCGUUAUAUCUUGCGCUCGACUCGGACGACGACGAUGGAACUGGUAAAAAGCCACGAUCAUUGUGGAGUAGGAAGUGGCUCCUGCGACGAAAAAGCAUGGGAUGCUACGAGAAUCUCAUGCGAGAGCUCGCGCUUGAGGACUCGGAAGGGUACCGCCGCUGGAUUCGCAUGGACACAGCAACUUUUGAGGAUCUUUUGGGGAAAGUGCGGCCCCUCAUCGUCAAGCAGGACACGAAUUUCAGGGAGGCAAUUGAUGCGGGCGAGCGCCUAGCAGUGACGCUGCGCUACUUGGCAACAGGAGACAGCAUGAUGUCCCUGCAGUACGCGUUCAGGAUGGCGCACAAUACCAUAUCAAAUAUCGUGGCGGAGGUAACUGUUACAAUAUAUGAGGUUUUGAAAGAAGACUUCGUCAAGGUUCCUGCGACACCAUGUGAAUGGAAGGCCGUGGCAGACCAGUUCAGUGCACUGUGGCAGUUUCCACACUGUAUUGGUGCACUGGACGGUAAGCACGUGGUCAUCAUGCCUCCCCCCAAGACAGGAGCCAUGUACCGCAACUACAAAGGCACUUUCAGUGUCGUGCUCAUGGCCCUUGUAGGUGCAGAACUGAACUUUUUGUAUGUCGACAUUGGACGGAACGGCAGGAUGAAUGACAGUGGAGUGUGGAAUUCCUGCAGCCUAAGGGCAAAACUGGAAAGUUCCCCUUCAGUCCUCCCUCAACCCCAAGCCUUGCCGCACUCUUCCAUGUCAGCCCCUUAUGUAAUUGUGGGCGACGAGGGCUUUGGGUUAAAGAAUUAUUUGAUGAGGCCAUAUCCUGCAAGGGAGCUGAGCACAGACGCCAGGAUCUUCAACUACAGGCUAUCUAGGGCACGCCGUACGGCUGAAAACGCCUUCGGAGUCUUGUGCAGCAGAUGGCAGAUCUUCCGGGCUCCUCUGCGCCACUCUCCAGAAAGAGCCACCGCAAUCAUCAAGGCCACCAUAGCUCUGCACAAUUACCUCCAAACGCAGAGGACUACACGACCGCUCUACCUGCCGCCAGAGAUAGUAGAUGUGGAAGAUAUUUGCACAGGCACCGUUCGUCCGGGCUCAUGGAGACAAGCCGUAAGCAACCAUGGAGCCAUGCGACCCUUGCCACGACCUGGAGGGAACUGUUCCAACAGUGCGAAAGCUGUCAGGGAACUGUAUACACAGUACUUCAGCAAUGAAGGACAAGUAGGCUGGCAGUGGAAAAUGAUCUAAGGUGAUGCAGCCACACUAGACAUACUACUGACUGCAGCUUUGAGAAGUUCCAGUUUUGCGGCCUGGCAAUUGUCCACUGUUCGCUGCUUUUUACGGCUGCUCCCAGGUCCAUCUACUGCACCGCCUGUGCUGACACUCUCCUCUUGCUGUGCAGGCCCGUCUUCACUAGUCUCACAGAUGCUGGUGCCCUCUCCUUCAUCUUCAGGAAAAGUGACUGUGCUCUGUGAGGACUGUGCAUCCUGCCAACAGAAUGGGUUGCAGUAUAUGAGUUGUAUAUAUGUAUGAUGUUACGAAAAAGAAGCCCAUAUUG